GUUAGAUUGUCAUACGUUUGACACAUCAUAUACGAUUUCUCUCUAGUCCGUAUUAUUUCUAUUGCGUGCAUAUUUCUUCAAUUUGCACCUUAAACGGAUACACCGGCAUUUUGUAAUUAGUGUUAUACUCCAUUCCCAUAUAUUUAACAACCAGCUUCAUUUAUUUUUGUUCAUUUCUUAAAACAGUAAAUCUAUAGCAUUUUUUUUAAAAAUCUUUUUGCUUUGUGCAGAAAACUACUAAAAUGUCUGAAAGCUCUCCAGACGAGCAUAGUUCUAAACGCAAAGAUUUUAUUUGCGGUGUCGUUGAAGGCUUUUACGGUCGACCGUGGACAACGGAGCAGAGGAAGGAUCUGUUUCAAAAACUAAAGAAAUGGGGUCUAGACGUGUAUGUGUACGCUCCAAAAGAUGACUACAAGCAUAGAGCAUACUGGAGGGAACUAUACACAGUGGAGGAGGCCGAACACUUAACAUCUCUGAUCUCGGAGGCUAAGUCUCAUGGAAUAACAUUCUGCUAUGCUCUUUCACCCGGACUGGACAUAACAUACAGUAACCAAAAAGAAAUAACAACAUUGAAGAGAAAGCUUGAACAAGUCUCACAGUUUGGUUGUACAUGCUUUGCUCUUCUAUUUGAUGACAUAGAGCCAGAAAUGAGUGAAGCAGAUAAGCAGAUAUUCCAGAGCUUUGCUCAUGCCCAGGUAUCAGUGACCAAUGAAAUUCAUCAACAUCUCGGCUGCCCAAGGUUCUUACUGUGUCCCACGCAGUAUUGUUCCACUCGUGCCGUUCCCACAGUCAACAGCUCGGAAUAUCUUAAUACACUUGGUACAAAACUUUCUCAGGAGAUUGACAUUAUGUGGACAGGUCCCAAAGUUAUAUCGAAAACAUUAACAACUGAAUGUAUUGAAGAAAUAACACAGGUAUUGAGACGCCCACCAGUCAUUUGGGAUAACUUGCAUGCCAACGAUUAUGACCAAAAGAGGAUUUUUUUGGGUCCAUACUGCGGUCGUUCACCUGAACUGAUUCCCUUGCUUCGUGGAGUUUUAUCCAACCCAAAUUGUGAAUACAACGCUAAUAUGAUCCCAAUAUGGACCCUUGCACAUUGGGCUCGAUGUAGUCUGGAUGCACCUGUUCAUAUGGAAGCAGUGUCUUGGGAUAUAAAGUUGGAGCGAGAAAGUGAACAAGGUGUUUGUGAGGAUGAACUGCCCAUGACUCUUGGGAAAAAUGUAUAUCACCACAGACAGGCACUCAGACUAGCAAUUAAUGAAUGGCUACCUGAGUUUUCAAUACCAAAAACUUCACAAGGACCUGUCAUCAAACCCCAACCACCCGUAACGAUGCCGCCAGUGCCAAUCAUCCCGAUCCUGCCGUCGGUGAACACGUGCAUGUCGCUGGUGACGAGCACCAGCUGCACCACCACCACCAGCACGGCCGAGCUGGGCUCCAUCCCCACCGUCAACGCCAGCCAGCUGCAGGCCCUCGCCGACGUGUGCUCCGCCACGCCCGACCGCCCCAUCCUCUCCACCGGGGUAUCUCCUAUAGAAACGUUCAACCCAAUACCAAAUUCAGUGAUGAAUUCACUAGUCUCACCGACUAAAGUAGUUCUAAACGAAUCGAUUCCGAAUCCUAUAAUACCGAUCGCCAGUUCGAAUAUGUCACUACCUUCAGAAAUACCAGUUUCGACCCUACCAGUCCCUAUCAUGGGUUUGAAGACCAUCGAUCAAGUCACUGGUGAUAAAAUAGAGACAGAUCAAACAAUGGCAGAUAAAAUAGAUUUGAAUGAAUCCGUUUCGAACGAUAGCGUGCUCGAGACAGCCAGUUUUAUUGAGGAUAUGAAGAAGGAUAAAGAUGAAGACGAUACGAUUAUAGUUGAUGAUGUGGAACCAACUGUAGAGCAACAACAGAAUGGGGAUAUGAGCAUUGGAGACACUCCACAAACACUGAGCCCGAGCCGCGCGGGGGCCGAGCCCCUGGACGUGGACCCGCCCUCCGCCGACUGCGACGUGGUGAUGCACGACCAGCUCAGCGAGAAUGGUUCCAUGCAAGUGGAACCGAGCAAUAGUCCACUGAGUGCCGAUAUGAUGGUGGAGCCAACAGAACCGGCAGAGGUUACUGAUGAGCCAGUUGAUGAAGCGAUAUUGGAAGAGAAUGCGUUAACAGCAGACGACUUAAUGCUCCUCUGUGACUUGUUCUACUUGCCUUUCGAGCACGGAUCCAGAGGACUACGAUUGAUGCACGAUUUCCACUGGCUCACCACUCAUGCGGCCAGUAUAUUGCAGAAGGGAAAUAAGAGUGAGGCAUGCUCCUCGGGCAGCGCGACGAGCGAGUGGCGGCGGCGGCUGUGGCGCUUCUCGUGGUGGGCGGCGCGCGUGAGGCGCCUGGCGCGGCGGGCGGGCGGCGCGCGCAACCGCGAGCUGGGCGCCGAGCUGCGGCCCUACCUGUGGGAGCUGUGCGCCGUGCUGGCGCUGCUGCAGGCCUUCCUGCGCUGGCUCGAACUCGGAAAAUUUCCUCCAAAAAUAGCAGCAAAUACACAAGGCAGCUAUACUUGGUUCUCAAAAGGCUGGCGUGAAGCCUUUGAAAGUGGAGCCCAGGAACCCUGGGUUUUUAGAGGGGGCCUAACAGCAGAUCUUAGACGAUUGUUACCAGUGGAAUGUACUGGUGACGUUCUGAGACCACACUGUAUCCCUUCUGGUCUUCCACUAACUGUAAGACCUUACAUGCCAGCUGAUGAAGAAGCAAUAUGCACCAUAUGCCAUAAAACAUGUAGAGAUGGAUCAGACUGCAGUGAUUUGUUCCCGAGCGACCUUCAAACUUUACCAGCUGAUAGAUUGGUAGCGCCAUUCCUAACAUUGACACCGUAUCUGUGCAUGGUUAUAGAAGAUGAUGGCUAUUUGGAAGAGGAUAAUUCCGAGGUGGAUGGAGUUGACCCUGAUGCAGAUAAAUCGAACAUUAAAAUUAAUAAUGUUAAACCAGAAAUUGUAGGCUACGCUUGUGCAGCAUUGAAUAGCAAAGAAUUUUACAAGAAGCAGGAAAUUGCGUGGAUACCAGAAAUGUGUGUCAAGUAUCCAAUGGAAUUGUUGGAGAGGGAUGACCUAACCCCAGCUGCAAAGGAAUGCAUCCGUCACUUCCACGAGUUCAGCAGUCAAGAGCGUGCGCCGGAGAGCGUGUCGCGCGCCCACCCCGCCCUGCUGACGUGCUGCGUGCUGCCGGCGCGCGGGGACCCGCUGGCGCCCGCGCGCCUGCUCACGUGUCUACUGGCCGCGCUGCGGGCGCACGGUGUAAACGGAGUGCACGCGUGUAUAAACGACACCGAUCACUAUCUACAGCAGUUCUACAAUAAACUAGGUUUUGUCGAAAUGUCUAGAAGCAACGGUCGAGUAUUUUUGGCGCGUGCUUUUUAGCGCCAGCGACCACAUGAGAUACCGAACUAGCGGUACCUUUUUCAUAAAAACACGAGGAAAUUGCCAAUUUCCUCAAAUAGAUGUCAGCGCAAAAAACGUCAUCAGCCACAUUAAGCAAAAUUAUUUAUUAUAAAAGACAUUUAAUUGCACAAUUCAUGAUUAUAAUACACUGCCCUCUAACUUUUAGAUAGUCUCAUUUUGACAUUUUUUUGAUAUAUCUUCUGACACUUAAAAAUAAUAUAAGGAGGAAUUACACGGUUAAAAAAAAAAACUCUUAAAGUUAAGUAAUGUCUAAUGUGUUAUUAUAAAAUUGUUGUACCAAUGAUUGUGCAACUAAAUGUCAAGGAGCUAAAAUGUAGUAUCACUCCUCAUCUGUUAUAAUUUUAUCUUUCAGUCUAAAUACUAGCACCUGUGCUGAUUCACGCUUUUUACGCUAACUUAUACUAAAAAAAUCUCAAAUACAUAAAAAAGGAGGAGUUUGAAUUCAUGUUUGUUACAAAUAAAAAAAAAAAGUAAACAAAAUGUUGUUGGACUGAAACUUUGUUUUAAAAAAAAUAUAUCAUCGGGGAAAAAACCGAAAACCAAAUAAAUAACGCAAAUAUUAAUACUUCUAAAGUUACUUUUGAUACUUUGACCAUACUAAAAGAGUUCAGUACCAUUGUUAUACAAGAAUUUAAGCCUUGCAAGAAAUGAAAUCAAAAAAGUCUAAUUUCAAAUAUCUCAAAUACAAAUUAACAUAU